CGUCGGUCGUACACUGGGUACGCUGUAUCGCCUGGGUGGACAGUAUAGUUACUUCAACACUAAAUGGAAUAAAAUGCCUCAGAUUCGUAUAAAUAAAACCGUCGUUGGACCGUAAUUAAUUAACGCUUUUUAAUUAAGACGUGUCGCCUUUGGAGCAAGUGGAGGCAAACCUAUUUUCGGCUUUUAUCAGCAAUAUUUCAGGGAGUCUGACCUGCUCCUGACCACAGCAGCUGCAGGAAGCCUGGUGGUCUCGGCCUGAUGAACUGAGCCCCCCUCACACUUCCUCCGAUAAAGCCCCUGAACGCAUCGCCGCCUCACCACCGAGAAAUGUGUGUGUGUCCUCGAACGCACCACUGUCUGACUGUUUUUGGACCGCUCUGAGAAGUUUUAGAGGUCUACACUUUACCUCCCUUUUACCGCUGGAAGAGGUGUUUCUUCUUCUCUCGAUUGACUUCAGUGUUUAGCCUCACCACAGAAAGCACCAUGGGCCGGAAAAAGAUCCAGAUCCAACGAAUCACAGAUGAAAGAAACAAGCAGGUCACAUUCACAAAGAGAAAGUUUGGCUUGAUGAAGAAAGCCUACGAGCUGAGCGUGUUGUGUGACUGUGAAAUCGCCCUCAUCAUUUUCAACCAUGCCAACAAGUUGUUCCAGUACGCCAGCACUGACAUGGACAAAGUACUGCUCAAAUACACCGAGUACAACGAGCCACAUGAGAGCCGGACCAAUGCCGACAUCAUAGAGACUUUGAGAAAGAAAGGGUUUAACGGGUGUGACAGUCCUGAGCCCGACGGAGAAGACUCGAUCGAUCAAAGCCCACUGAACGACGACAAGUUUAGAAAGACCACAGAGGACCUCGAUGUACUCUUCAAACGCUACGGACAGUCCGCGGCUCCGCCCCAGACAUUCACGAUGCCGGUGACAGUCCAGGCGUCCAACCCAAGCACGCUGCAGUUCAGUAACCCUGGCAACGCCCUGGUAACUACCUCCUCCUACGUGACAUCGUCGUCUCUCACGGAUACCCACCUCCUGUCACCGCAGCAACCAUCUCUCCAGAGGAACACAGUGUCACCUGGGUUGCCGCAGCGACCGGCCAGUGCAGGAGCUCUUCUUGGAGGUGAUCUGAAUAAUUCAAACGGAGGGUGCCCUAGUCCAGUUCCUAAUGGAUACACCAGUGCUAGGGCCUCGCCGGGCCUGCUCACCGUCUCCAACGGCAACAGUCUGGGGAAAGUAGUCCCGGCUAAGUCUCCACCUCCACCUCCGAGCCCGCAGAUGGCCAACAGCCGCAAACCAGAUCUCCGAGUCAUCACAUCGCAGGGCGGGAAGAGCCUUAUGCAGAUGACAGAGGAAGAGCUGGAGUUGGUAAAUGAGAAUGCUCAGCGGCUGGCAGCAGGAGCUCAGGUGGCACAGACCCUCACCACACCCGUCGUCUCUGUGGCCACUCCCAGUCUGCUGGCCCAGGGUCUGCCCUUUUCUGCCAUGCCCACUGCCUACAACACAGAGUACCAGCUGACCAGUGCAGACAUCACUGCGCUUCACGCUCUGGCAUCACCUGGAGGUCUGUUACCGAGCAGUGUGUCGACGUGGCAACAGCAGCAGGCCAUCUCCCAGCAACCACCUCAGCAACCGCAGCAACAACCACAGCCAACAACCGCUCAACAACAGCAGCAGAUCAACUUGUCAUCGCUUAGCAACCUGGUCAUGUGGGGCGUGGACAAACAGAGCAGCGAUCUGUGCAGCCAGGUGUCCAGCCUGGCAGCCAAUCUGAGUGUUGGCUCUCCGUCCAACCUGCUCUUGGGUAGAGAUGAGUGGUUGGGCCGGCCAGUGACCCAUUUACCUCAAGGCGCCAUGCUGACAGUGAACACCAGCUCCGGUGUGAGCAUCAAGUCUGAGCCUGUGUCUCCAGGCCGGGACAGGAGCACGCCCUGCCCCCCUCCCUCCUCCUCCACACCCGUGUCCACUGCGGGGGCCAUCCUCAGUGCUCCGCCUCAAUACCCCGGCUCUCUGCUCUGCCUGGAACCUCCCACCGGACGCUCACCUGCGGACAGCGUCAGCAGCAACGCCAGCUCCUUUGAAGGGAGUGACCGGGACGACACAGGGGGAGGAGGGGGAGGGGGAGGGGGCAGCGGGACCGCGAGCAUUAACCCAGCAGAUCUGCUCAUCAGGGCGGCUAGUGAGCAAGAGCAAGAGGGGGGCAACGUGAAGCGCAUGAGACUGGAUGCGUGGGCCACAUAGAGGAUUUCAAACGCUCGUUUUUGUUUUAGAGACACUUGCGCACUCACAGCACUCACCCCACCACUGCCAUUCAACACUAUCAUCACAUCAUGUCCUGAAUCAUACAAUUUAGCUGCAGACUUUGCCAAAAUUAUUUAAAAAUAUUAAAAAAAACAAACUUGUAGUCUGGGAGGAUUGCUUCAGAUGGACAUGGAAACAGUAGAUUUUCUUUAGCUUAAACAGACUAAUAGAUCAUGACAUUGGACAAACUAUGACAAGAUUUUACAUGGUUUGCAUCACCGUGUAUUUGCAUUGCUGCACUGGCAUUACAAGUGGCUAUAUAACUAGACUUUUACGCCACUUUUGCUGCCAUUUCUCUUCAAAAAUCCAGCAUCUAUCAGGAUCCAUCCAUUACUCACUCACCUACGGCACUUUCGGAAAUGCCUUUAUGUGGUUCUAAGACUGAAACUGUUCUAUUCAGCACUAAAAACACUUGGAUUUAACAAAUGUAACCACCCCAGCAACUAUGGAGUGCCAAUAUCAAAACCUCAAAAAACAAAAAUAUGCCAAAUGCCUCUUGCACGCGGCACAGGGACACCCCACCACACCAGACGCGACAGAAAAGACCAGGAUCGAGACUGUUUGAGGCUUUGAGCGCCCCCUGCUGUCCUCACCACGGCUGCACUUCCCGUCCUUUGACUUUUUGACCUCUUGAACUUUUUGCAAGGAUUCCUGAAGUCCAGAUUAGUACCAGGAGUAGAUGCCAUGCAGUGAUAUGCGUAGUGGGUUUUCUCUAGCCUAAAUUUGGCUUUUUCGGGUAGUAUUUUGUUCUUUCAGUCCACGUGUUAACCUUUUAUCUGUUAGUAAUUUACAAAUCUGUUUCGACGGUCCAGUAGUUGUCCAGCGGUAGGACUUUGUAUAAACCACUCCUUAUACAAAAGCUUUGAUGUCCUCUUUAGCGCUCUAUCUACUAGCUCUCCUCUUUCGCCGUAAAAAGUGAUCAGAAGAAGACAUUUUCUAUAUUUCUACCGCUUUGAGUUAUGGGGCGACUAAGUACAGCAGCGGCUUUCAGCGACAUGUAUGUACAUAUGGAUAUAAUAUUCGCAUAGACUUUGCUAGGUAUCCCUAAAAACAAGCAAUGUGUUGAUCUCAGUGGAUCUGUUUGCAUAUAUGAGUGUGAAUUUGAUAUGUUUUUGGAGUUAUCGGUGCCGGACUUGAUGCCUGGUGACAGUGACGUUUUCUCCGUGAAACUAUUUUAUGCUAUCGUGGAUGGUCGUGUACACUCUUCUCACGGAGACCUACUCGGUCGUGGUGUUGUCAUACUAUUCUAUUAUGCCACAUGUUUUUCAAAGCUUACGGUUAACAGUAAACUAUGUCCAUUAUUGUUACAGACACAAUGAUAAAUAAUAAGACACUGCCACUCACUUUUAGUCUAGUUAUAAAAAUACACUUAGUUAAAUUGGUUAAGACUUGUCACAUAAGCACACAUAGUUUUUGCCUUUUGUUUAAAAAUUAAGUCAAGAUGUUGGCUUAGAAAAAGUGCUGUUUAUUUUUGACAUAGCCAUUUCAUGUGUGUGUGAGUAGUUGUAAUUGUCAACUAAUGGAAAUUUUCUCCCAAUUUUUCUUGAUGUUUUUUGGGUGCAGACUGUUGACAGUAUUUUUAUAUAUGGAUAUGGAUAUACACCGUUUAAAUCUAUGUCACGAAGAAUGAGGAACCCAAGUAUGGAUUCUUUGAUGUUAUGGACAGUGACGUUCAAACUUGCGAUGGGCACAACAAGCAAAAAAGUUGAAUAACUAAUACUCAGACAAGCACCUAAAUGCAUUAUCAUUGAUUAUCACGCCAUUCAUUGAGGCAUCCAUAAUUCCACUACCGCAAUCAUUGACAGGAACUACUUCAAGCAAUCACAUUACAGGCUAUAGCAAAAUGUCCAAGCUGGGAGUGCUCUAGUUUGAGGUAGAGGGUAGAGCCACUGAGCUACAUCAGGCUUUCUUUUGAAUUAAUUUAGUUUAUUUAUAAUUCUGAUUUGGUCAACACUGAGAAAUCUUGUAUUUGUUUCAGCCGCCUGUCAAGCUGGCCAGAAGGCAUGUUAAUAAAUAUUCACAAUAACAAUAGUUGAAUGCCCUUUGUGCACCACAGACUUAGUCAUCCAGUUAUUUAAGAAAAGUUAUAAAUCAUAUACGGUCUAAAAAUAAAAACUUGUAACUUGAAGAAUUCAUUGGGAAAUUAAACACAUAUUUUUGGCAAAUGAUGUACCACAAUAUGAAGUCCUUUCACAUAUGCUUAUGUAUUUAAAUAUUUCCAUGCGCAGCUCUAGUUUUAAAUGGGUUUUUUGCAUUACAAGUCCCAUCCCUAUUUCAGAAUUUGUAUUGCUGCUGUUCAGCAGACACAGUUCAGACACCAGUGUUUUGUCAUGUUUAAGAUGAUUCACUUUUCCGUCCCUUGUCGUGUUGUGUAAUUUAAUCUUUCAUCAUAAAUCCAACAUGCAUUUAGUUCACUCAUUUGACUUGGCUAGGACGCAGCUAAUGAUUUUAACCCCAUUUCAUUGGCCAUGUUUUCUCCCAAAUCAAAUUGAAAUUGUAAUCUUCUAAUACUGGUGCUUGACUGAAUGGACACACCGCAUUGGCUGCUGUUGGAGGCAGAUUUCUUGUACAAUGGUUCUCUGUCCGAGCUCUAGUUUAGUCACAUGACAAUCUUUGAGACAUGAACCUGCACCCUGUUACUUGUUGUGUACAAUGUUUUUUAGAAACUCACUAUUUUUGGAUUAAGUUGUGCUGGUGACAGUUUCAUUGUCUAUUACUAUAAUGAUAUAAUUAUUACUAUUAUGGAGCUUUUAUUUUAUUGCGAUUUUUGUGUAGGAUAGCCAACCGUUUUAUUUUCUGGUCAUAAACAUAGUACUGGUUUCCUUUUUUGAAACAACUUGCUGAAAAUUGCACGAUCAAUUAUUGUGGUAUUAGCAAAUGCAAUGAAGGAAAUACCAGUUAAAUGCUGCAGUUUUAAUUAAGAUAUAGAAUAUAUUUAUAAAACGUGAAAGAACUGAAAAUGAUAAUUCAUAUUAAUUGAAUAAUGUAAAUGCAUGGGCUACAGGUACCAUCAGCUCCUGUUUGUUCGGACACAAAGGACAUGCAUCACAAAUGAGUGUGAACUCAGAAUAAUGUAGCAUAUGGAUACUAAAGAUGAAAUUUAUAGCUAAUAUAUUGUGUUGAGCUAGUCUGCUUUGGGUUUUGUUGUAAAGAAAAUAUUCUUUUGUUGUUUUUGAGAAUGAUACAGUUUGUGUAUAUUUUCAUAUACAAAGUAUGCACUGAUAUGUUAUUGAAAUUCUAUACCGCUUUUACAAAAAAGUGUUUGUUGUACCAAAGUAUCCAAGUCCCUUGAAACCUUAUCCUUUUUGCGUAUGUUUUACCGUAUUUUAUAUAUUAAAUAGACAAACUGAGUGACAAAA